AAACUUUUACAAAAAAAAUCUCGCGAUACUGCAAGCAAACACACAUUCACAAAGGGAGGAGAAAAUUUUAGUGAAAUUCACAGAUUUCAACCGGAAAUUUCGUGCCGUCACCGUGAAAACCUGCUUCCGUCAGUGCUAUUAGUUGUGAAGAUUCGCUCAGAACAAGCAACCAGAGUUGUAAAACGUAAAAACCAGCAAAACUUUCCUUCUCUAGUCAAAAUCGUCUGCGGGGGGCAACACCAGCAGCAUAAAAAUGAAUAUGAACAUAAAAAUGCCAGAUUUCGACGUGAAAAAGUUCGUCAAAGAUGCGGGCUCGACACUUUCCCGUGUGGUUCAGCUCACCGAGGAAAAGCUGGGCACGUCGGAGAAAACCGAAAUGGACGCACACUUUGAGCACCUGACCGAACGAUCCGAUUGCACCCGAACGUGGACGGAGAAGAUUGUCCGAGACACCGAAGCGGCCCUCAUCCCGAACCCUGCCAAUCGGGUGGAGGAUUACAUUUUCGAAAAAAUCGAAAAGCAAAAGUCGAAACGGCUCAGCAAUCUGGAAUAUCUGGGGCUGGACAUGAUCGAGGGUGGAGGUGAGUUUGGCCAGGACGGUCCCUAUGGCAGUGCACUCAUCAAGGUGGGACAGGCUGAGCAGAAGCUGGGCUCAAACGAGCGCGACUUUAUCGGAUCGGCCGGGAUGUGUUUUAUUCAGCCGCUGAAGAAGUUCCUCGAGGGUGAGAUGAAGACCAUCACGAAGGAGAAGGGCAUUUUGGAGAGCAAACGAUUGGAUCUGGAUGCAUGCAAGAAUCGGGUACGAAAGGCUAGGAGCAUGCUGGGACAGCAAACGAAGGACGGAAUUUCGCCCGAGGCUGCUCUCGAACAGGCGGAACGUGACCUGCGAGUGGCCCAGUCGGAAUUUGACCGCCAAGCGGAAAUAACGAAGCUCUUACUGGAGGGAAUCAGCACAACCCAGGCCACUCAUCUGCGCCACCUGCAUGCCUUCGUCGAGUCCCAGGUUCGCUACUACGGCCAAUGCAACAAGAUCAUGAACGACCUGCAGCGCGAACUUGCCAGCCUGGGCGGCCCGCAGCCGUACGUUCCGGUGGCCGGCUACGAGGAGGACGACGAGCUGGCCGGUCGCCUCAACAGCGUGGACCUCUCGGGCAAUUCCGGCUACAAGCGGGCCCGCGUCCUCUGCUCGUACGACGCCAAGGACGGGACGGAGCUCAAUUUGACGUCGAACGAGGUUAUCUUCGUUUGCGAGUGUAAUCCACCAAACAGUGACUACAUGAACGGCAAGCAGGGUCUGCUGAAGGGGCUGGUUCCGAAGGCGUUCCUCGAGCUGUUGGAUGACUAAAUUGCGAUUAGCGUGUAAAAGAGAGUCUGGAUUUAUUUAGUGAUUAUUCAUUUAAGGAGUUUACUUAAUUUGCGAAGCGAAUCUGAAUAACAAAAACAUGAGAUAUUUAGGUAUUAUUGCGUUAUUUUAGAAAUUUUUAUAUUGUUUUUUUUUCAUGAGUUUUUUGACGAUGAGUGUGCAAAAGUUAUUGCCAGUUUUUAUUAGAGUUUUUAGAAGUGCUUAGAGGCGAUUCAACCGUUGUUACGCCUGGUUGCGUGUUACAUUUAUAAUAACGAGACAAACAAGAAAAGCAUAUUGUUCUUGCAACAGCUUCUAGGCCAAGCACACACACCAAAACUAUCAUACCCAAUGAUCACCGGAAACCCAGCUUUUCGGCACCGAGCAAACGGCGUUAAUUAUGCGAAUGUGUUGAAAGUCGUCAGACAAGUCACUAUUUGGUCAAUUAUUUUUAAAACCGCCGCCACUAUCGAACGCGACAAAUGAACGAAAACAAAACGUAAUUGAUAACAACAAUAAGAGAACAAUAAUAUUAACAAAAA